AUGAGACCGUCAUCACUCGGGUGGGCCCUUGCGUCCUUCACAACGCUCAAGGCAGUCGCCGCAGCGUCGACCAGCAUGCCCGACUGUGCGCUAGAAUGCCUCGCCGAGUACUUGCCAUCGUCAGCCUGCCACGUCGCGACCAACAUCACUUGUAUCUGCAGCGACGCCGAGCUUACGAAGCAGAUGUCAACAUGCGUUUCUGCGGGAUGCUCUGUCCGGGAUGGCCUGUUGACGGAGAGAUUCAAUGCUGAAACGUGCGAUUGGCCCGUAACAAACGACUCGCUCGGCUUGAAAGUCAUCACACCGCUGUUUGGCGUACUCGCGGUUAUCGUCUUCUGCCUGCGCGUGUGGGCGCGCUGGCUGACGGGCCUGAUGGUCGCAUGGGGAGCUGAUGACUGGGUUAUGCUGGCCACUGUCAUCACAUCGAUCCCGCUGACGAUCGUAUCGUACCUGUUUGCCUCCCGUGGCCUGGGCCAGGACUUGUGGAUGGUGCCAUUCGAAAACAUUACAUUUGUGCUCGAAAUGUACUACUACUCCGAAAUCCUCUACCUCGUCGUCGUCUUCCUCACCAAGAUCUCCAUCUGCUGUUUUUACUUGCGUGUUUUUCCCAAACGCGCAUUACGGAUACGCAUCUUCAGCGUCAUCGGAGUGACUUUGGCUGCAGCGUGCGCCUUCAUCUUCGUCACUAUCUUCCAGUGUACGCCCAUUCCUGGCGCAUGGCUGCGGUGGGAUGGUACCUACGAGGCUGAGUGCCGUGAUGUCAUGAUCCAAGCUCUGUGGGGUGCCAUUGUCUCCAUCGUGCUUGAUGUCGCUACCAUCAUGCUGCCUAUGAAGGAGGUGUGGGGGCUGAACUUGUCGAUCCGCCGCAAGGUCGGCGUGGUGCUCAUGUUCGCGGUGGGAAUGUUCGUCGUCGUCGUCCAGAUACUCCGCAUUGUAUUCCUGCUGAAGUUUAGCGCGACAUCCAACUUCACGCGCGACUACACGUCGGCGAGCGUGUGGUCCAACGUUGAGGCGUAUGUCGGCAUCAUAUGCGCGUGCUUCCCGCACAUCCGCACACUCCUCACACACCUUGCCCCGCGCAUCUUUGCCACCACCAAAGGCGGAAAGUCGAGUACUUCGGGCGUAUACCCCGGGUCCAAGGGUCGCAGUCAGUUCUCACAGCGUCCUGUCCACGGCGACGAGACCGACUUUGUCGAGCUGCGGGCGGCACCUGCCCCCCAGGAUGGCUUUAACAGCGUCACCGAUCUGACACAGACCCGGGGCAGCGAGAAGUAUGAGUAUAACAGACAUGCCAUUGUUUAA